AUGGGACGUAAAGAGAAAGAGACGGAGCAGAAUAACGACGUGAAGGGAAGAAGAGCAGCAGCAGUGGGUUGGACUGCAGCAGAAAGGAAGAAAGAAAGAAAGGAAGGAGAGGAGGAAUGGACUGUGUCAUCGGGCCGGUGGGGGAUGGAGGCAGAAAGAUGGAGGAAAGAGAUCCUGACCUCCGUGUUUCCUGUUUCAGAUGAUUCCUCCUCGGAGAGCGGCAGCGGCAACGGUCUGCCCGCCCUGACCCCUCCCUCGUCCGCUGUCACGGACGCCGCCAUCGUCAGGGAAACGGAGGUUGUCAACGGCAACGGAGGCCCCGCCCCGCUGGACUUCAGCACCCCGACCUCGUCCUCGUCCUCGUCGGAGGACCAGCAGCCGAUGAACCUCAGCGAGCCGCCGCCCCAGCGCCUGUCCUCCGCCCACCUCCCCGUCACCGUGUCGGCGGCGGCGGCGGCGCUGCUCGGAGCGCUGCACCCCAACGCCCCCGAGGAGCUGCGCAGGAAGUUCCCGCUGGCCGCCAAGCCGCCGUUGCCGCCGCAUCCGGCGCUGCCGCUUCCUCUACCACACACACACACUCCCAACACACACUCACACACCGCAGAGCUGCGACUGGACCGAGACUACGGAGGCAAGUCUCCCCCGUACAGCUUCGGCGGCGGCUACGACGGCAUGAAGAUGGAUCUGAGCGCCGAGGACCUGACCACCGGUCGCCACGGCAGCCAGGUUGCCCCCGACGAUGAUGACGACGACCAUGACGACCACGACGACAACGACAAGAUCAACGACACCGAGGGAGUCGACCCCGAGAGAUUAAAGGCCUUCAACAUGUUUGUGCGUCUGUUUGUGGACGAGAACUUGGACCGGAUGGUUCCGAUCUCCAAGCAGCCCAAGGAGAAGAUCCAGGCCAUCAUCGAGUCCUGCAGCAGACAGUUCCCCGAGUUCCAGGAACGAGCUCGCAAACGCAUCCGCACCUACCUCAAAUCCUGCCGACGCAUGAAGAAGAACGGCAUGGAGACCCGUCCAACUCCACCUCACCUCACCUCGGCCAUGGCUGAGAACAUCCUGGCUGCUGCCUGUGAGAGCGAAUCUCGCAACGCUGCCAAGAGGAUGCGCCUUGAAACCUACCACGAUGAGCAGAUCUCUCUGGACAAACCGUCUGGCGGUGGCGGUGGUGGUCUGAGGGAACCGGCGUCUCUCGCUCACUCCGCCUACUCGCUGGCCGCCUCCGCCUUCUCCUCCCAGGACACCCAGCUCUACAUCAACGGGGCCGGCCUUAGCUACGGUUACCGCGGAUAUCCGGGCCUGGGCGCUGCCAUGCAACACCCCGUUUCCCUGACGACCAGCGCCGCUGCCCAGAGCAACGGCCCCACAGACCUCAGCAUGAAAUCUCUCUCCGCCGCCAACAUCGCCAAUGCCUCUGCCGCUGCCAACAGCCUGGGUGGGCGGGGCAGCGGUGGCGCCGGAGGAGGCGGGGCCUCCACCCAGCUCAGCCAACCGGAGAUCACGGCCGUGCGUCAGCUGAUCGCCGGCUACCGGGAGUCGGCCGCCUUCCUGCUUCGCUCGGCGGACGAGCUGGAAAACCUCAUCCUGCAGCAGAACUGAUUUUGGCGGGAAAACACACACCUAACACACACACACACAUAAACACACACACAUGCACACACACACACACACGCACACACACAAUUCCUGUUCUGUUUAUUUCGUCCGCCAUCUCCUCACCUCCUCUUGUUUUUUGCUCCUCAAUCUACCUUCUCUUUGGGAGAACUGUGGCCGCUUUUAUUUUGAAGGAAUAAUGGCGAAUCUCCGAAACAAUCCAGAGGAAAUCUAAAAAAUUUUAAGAGUAUUAGUAAUAAUUAGAAAGGGAAAAAAAAGGAGGACUCUUCUGUGGAAUCACCUUACAAUCAGCGCCGGUGAUGAAGACGAGGAGCGAAGAUGAUGCAGGGAAGAAAUUCAAAAUAAAAUAAAAUUUAAAAAAAAAAAAAAAAAAAAAAAAGACGUGAAGCUCGGGGAGUUUUGAGCAUCAUCCUCAUGAAUUUAAAAAUAUGAAAUCCCGCCGACUCCCUGAAUAAUCGCUACUGCUUGCUUUUGAUUUUUUUUGUUUUGUUUGGUUUUUGGGAGUCUAAUUUUUUUAUUUUUUUCCCAAGUGACUGAAAGAAAGAAAAAAGACUUAUCUUGAAAAAUAGCACUAAAACAGGAGUCCGAAAAGGGGCCAAAAAUAACGGGGAAAAAAUUUGUUUUAAAAAAAACAAAAAAAAAAUGACAAAAAAAAUUUUCUUGUGCUCGCUUGUAUAUAAGCUCUCUGUGUCCCUAUAGCACUUUUCCCUCACCCCGACCUCACCCCGACCUCACCCGUCCUACCCAGGGAGCUAACUUAUGCUACUUAUGCAUCCGAGACCACCAGGAAAUACCUCAGAUCCGACCUGCCAACCCCGUUGUUUUUUUUUUGUUUUGUUUUUCUGUUUCCUCUCACACACAAACACAAAAACACCUGAAGCCAGUUUACUUUCCAACCGCCCGAUGUCUUCAAGGUUUCUACGUUUUUCGUCUGAGAGAAUCAAAAAAGAGAAAAAAAACUUUACCGAAACCACUUUGGAGAACUUUUUUGCGGGUUUGUCGGCGCGCUGCUGUACAUAAUUGAGGGGAGCUGAGCAGACUUUUCUUGAAUUAAACUUUCUCGUAGGCGAAGUUUUACCUCCCGCUUCUACUUUUUACAGCCAACGAAACCUCAGCAUCUUUAACACCUCCUUCCUCCCUUCUUCUUCUUCUUCUUCUACUUCUUCUCCAUUGGACCUACUCUCCACCUCUUCUUCAUGGACCUAAAAACCUCCCGUCCGGGUUUCAGAGGACGACGAGGAGUUUUUGCUCUGUCUUACUGUGUUUGUCUGUUAAACUCUAAAAUGGCCAUUAUUGUUAUUAUUGUUCUUAUUAUUAUUAUUACUAUGAUUCUAAUGAUGAACUCUCAUGUUGCUGCUGCUAUUCAAACAAACCGGACCUUCUGCCAUAGACCUGAGACCUCAAAUAGCCGACCGAAAGACCGACCGAAAGACCAAAAGACCUCCGACUAAAUCAAGUUUUAGCGAAAUCGACCUUUAUCUCCGUCACGCUGGUUGGUUGGUUCCUUCGUUUUCGCUUCAUAGGGCUCGAUUCCUGUUGUGUUUUUGUGACUUUCUAACUGUGAAUCUUUUCUUUUUUUUUCUUCGUGUUUUUGCGAUUCUUCAUCCUCCGGAGGGCCGACACACUUUAACCUCUUUGGGAGGCUGAAUCAGUCCAGUGCAGGAUCUCUAGAAAUGUUUUGUUUUACGGGAGGAAAAGGAGGCGAACGUGUUACAGAUUGAAUCCUGUCAGGUUUUAGCUUUCAGCCGUUGUUGAAGGUAGUUUUCUGUUUUCGUGCAAGUUCUGUGCACAUUUUUUAGGGGAAAAUUCGCUUAUUUUGCUUUCUUUAGAAGUUCAAUAAAAGAUCCUCACAGCUGUCUUUUAAAUUUGAAGCUUGAGCUAGCAGCCGCUUAGCCUAGCUUAGCAUAACUAGCAGAGGAAGCAGCUAGCGCACCUAUAAACGUGUUAUAUCUUGUCUGAUUAAGCCAUAAAAAAAUAGAUAAAACGUGUGGGUUGGUGCACUUUAACCCUCUGAACUUCAAGCAGCAGUUUCUGGGUCUUUUUUUGCUAAUUUUUCUUAAUUGUUGGUUUAUUUUUUGCUGCUUUUUUACCACAAAGAAGGAGAGAGAACUCAGAAAUGUCUUUUAUGUGGUAUAAAAAGGUUAGAAUGCCAUUAAUCAGAAAACAGAAAAGGCAAAAGUUUAUUUGAUUGUUUAUUUUCCAAAAAUUGGAAAGAAAAAUGGAAUCAAACUAAAUGGUGACUCUACUUAAUAUAGACGUUUUAUUUUUUCCAUUUUUACAACCUCUGCAAGCUGCGUUUUUCACCUUAUUAUAGAUGUUUCUCCAUGCUGAAUGUAUCUCCGACAACUUGCUCCUCUGUUCACUGUUCUGAGCCAUCCUGCAUUUAUUUGAUUCAUCCAGUAGCUUUGGUUUUCAGUCUGAAAUUGUCCAAAACUAUUUUAAACUUGUCUGAAGUAACAUAGAAUUGUCCAAAAUUGACUCAAAAUUGGUCCAAAAAUGUCCAAAAUGAGUCAAAAUUUGUUCAAAAUAACUAAAAAACGCUCCAAGCUUACUUGAAACUACCUGAAAACAUCAGAAAAUUUUUCAUUUUAAACAAGAUUUGAGUUGUGAAGGUCAAUUUAAGUAAUUUUGGACCCAUGUUCCUUUCAGGCUGAGAUUGUACAAAAUAAUUUGAAGUGUGACCAAAAUAACAUAAAACUAGUCCAGAAUUACUCAAAAAUGAUCUAAAAUGACCUGAAAACUGUCCAAAAUUACUUGAAACUUGUUUGAAACGACUCAAAAUGCAUUUAAAAUGACAGUUUUGAGUCACUACGGACAGAGUCAUUUUCAACAGGUUUUAGUCCAGUUUUAAGUCUCUGCUGAUCAUCAGUAGAAAGAUGUUUCACCAUGCUACAUGUAUCUCCAACAACUUGCUCCUCUGUUCACUGCUUUUGAGCCAUGCCACAUUUAUUUUAUUUCCUCUCAGUCUCUCUGUGGAAACACUGCCUGCAGUUCAGCCGAAAAGGUUAGAUUUUUUUUGUCGUGAGUCCGAUUAGCGCGCAGUUUAUUUUUAGCAAGUUUUUUGAACAAAACACGUAAAAUAAAGUGAUUUAAUUUGCUUAAGCGAUUGAUGAUGAGUUCAAGGAAUGUUGGAAAGUUUACAAUCCAUUGAUUCUUUUUGAUUUCUUGCUCUGACAAAUUCUGUUGAUUUUAUUUAAAGUAAAUGCACCUUUCAAACCCGCCGGCGGGUUUCGGGGUCCAGAGGGUUAAACGAAGCCACGCUAGCUGUUUCCAGCCUUUAUGCUAAGCUAACAGUUGAGAAAGCAAAUAAGAGUUGGAACAUCAGUAACAAGCAACUUUAGCUUUCAUUCAACACCACUUGUGGUUCAAAACAAGCCCAGAUUUCCAGGUUUUGGAGUUGCUAACUGCCGGCGUUGGUUAAAUUUAGCAUCGAAGGGCAUUUUGAAGCUCGCGUCGCAUCUCAGCUCGUUCGGAAGACGUUGGGAAAUCAGUGAAAAAGACCAACUGGAGUUCCUCCCGAGGCUUUGCUCUGUGUUAUGUGGUUCAGUCCAACUGUCCUGUCACUGUAAUUUGCUCCCUUUUUGCACACUGAGCGAAGCCACAGUCGUCUGUGAUGUGAAGAUGUGAAGAUGUGAAAGGGUUCGGGGGAUCUUCUGAGGGUCUAUAUGCAUGUUUCUCCAGCAGGGACCCCUCAAACCCUUAGACUUGCACUGCUGUUAGAGCGGAGGAAGACGUGUGGCGGGGUUUUUGUUUUUUGCAAUGCAGCUGAUAAUCAUAGCAUUCGCUGGUCUUUGGGGACGAACGAGGAACGGAUUCAUGCCUAGAACCCACAAACACGAAACCUCCAUCCAGAGUUCCGCAGAUUGGUGUCAGAAGCUCCACAUCUGGUUGAAAUGUUGAAAAGUUCUGUUUAAAGUGUUCUGAUCGCUGGAUGACAAACAUGAGAAAAAUAUGCAAAAAGAAACAACUCAAACAGAAGAGAAGGACGGACGACGGUGUCUCAGGAGCAUUUUGGUGCAACUUCAAGCCGAUGCAACAAACAGAUUAUUCACCUAAAAGUUCAAAUUUUAAAUAUCAGCCAUGUAAAAUAAGAGCAAACACGUAAAACCCACUGAGAUACAAUCAAUUAUACAUUUAAUUUUAGUGUCUUUAUUCAAUUAAACAUUCAAAGGGGGGGUUUGAGAGUUUAUUUAGUUUGCUCUUACUGGAAUAUUUAGUCUUUUCUGUUGUUGAAGACACCAGCGGCUCGUUCUCUUCUUCUCCUCUUCGAUCCUCACUGUGCUCUCAGAUACUGCCAACAGUUCGGCUGCCUGGUUUUCGCUUUGGAUCGGUCCAGACCCACUCAGUCGAUCUCAGAGUUUUUGAUUGAUCCGGUGACUCAGGGACCGGAAUCGCACACAGAUGGUUGGAAACUCAUCUUCUGAUCACAGCAAAAACACUCAGCAUCAAUGUGGAGGUUGAAAAAUCAGACAAUAUUUGCAAAUUUGUAUGAAAAUACAACUUAAACCUGAACUCAGAAAGUUCCAAGACUGAGUAUAAAAGUAAAAAAACACAUUUCAAUCGAAUUUUCUAGCCAUAUCUCUCAACAAAUUGUCCUUGUGCAGCGACGCUCUGCUCCCAGUGCUCCUGCAAAGCAUCAAACACUUCCUAAAAGUCCUUUUAUGCUAAUAUGUUGUGCACCAUCUGCACCAGAUCUCCUAAACUGCAUCAAAACAGCGACUCUUGAAAUUGAGUUUCGUUUUAGGGAAAAGGAAGAAGCUGCAGGGAGUUAAAUCUAGCACGACGUUUGGGUUGUUGUGGCCAAACAUCAGCAUGUAAGCAAAAAAAAAUGCAUUCUCAGUUACGUUUUAAGGUCCACGGUUGGACUUUUGUGAGUUCAUAUCCCAUGACGGACGACAGAACGUUACUCUUAGACCUAAAUUUAGUUUUCUGUUGUUUUCUUGCAGUUUUCAACAUUUUCUGGUUCGGUUUAAGCAAAAUCUCAUGGUUCUGGUUAAAAUAUGAGCCUUUCGCAACAUGUUUAAAGCCUGACAACUCAGGUUGUUGUGUCGAACGUUCUACCUCAGGAACCUCACAACGUUACAGUAGAACUCAGUUCGACUCUCGGGAUGAACUCUUGGUGCACAACCACCUGAAUGUUGACUAAAACGACAAGAAUUCUUCUCAGAAUGCAGAUCUUUAGCUGCAAAACCUGCUGUUUCUCCUCCUGAUGGUAGCAACAAACCCAUAUCUGGUCACCAGUGAUGAUCCUCCACAUGAAGGUCGCAUCAUUCACAGUGAAUUCACAAAUCCUCACCCAGUGCUCACAAAAUCAUGUCAAACACUGAUUUGUGGAAGUUCCAACUCGAACAUGUAGCAAACAAACAUUUUACAGAUGCUGACAUCAGUUUUUGUCUGUUCUCAGAAGGUGAUGAGAUCCUGAUUUGCUCAUAAAACUGCUGUGAAGGUCCCUCAGAUCACAGAUGGAUCUGGUGGUUUUUAGUUUCAUUUCAUUUCAGGGAAAACUCGAGCGAAACAGGCUGACUUUACCUCCUUCAAUUGAUUCUCAAACUGCUGCUGCAUCCUGAAAACCUCCAAAGUGUGUUUUCUGAGAAAUCAAGGAAAAGCUGUUUUUUUUUUUUUUUUAAAUCACACCAUAUUAUGGGUUUAAAAUGGAUAAAUGUGCUCCUGCUGUCAGGAUUUAUUAUCUGCAGGUGAAGGGUGACGCCACAUUGGAUUUUUAUGCAACAGCAACAUUUCAUACGAUUUAACCUCGACGGUCUUCGCUAGACGUUUUGUUUUUUUUGGCAAAGUGAAGUUUGGAACCUAAAAAAAAGCAUGAAAGCUGCUGAAUUUAGUUAAAGUUAUGUCCUGAGCAUGAAACAGCUCUGCAAACUCUCCUGCUACUUUAAAUGAAUCUCACUUAACACAAGUAAAAACUGAAAAAGCUUUACUUGUAGUCGGUAAACGCUCAAUCAGAGACUUCUAGAAGUCAUAAAACAUGUUACAAAUGUAUUAAAAAUACUUUUAAUGACUUCUAGCUGUCAUAAAAGAAGUUAUGACUUCUAGUAGUCAUAACUUCUGGACUGGUGACUUAUGACUUCUAGGAGUCCUCUAGACUUAGACUUCUAGAAGACAUAAGUCUAGUUUUAUGACUUCUUUUAUGACUUCUAGAAGCCAUAAUGCAUGUUGGUAACACGUUUUAUGACUUCUGGGAGUGUUUAGUCUAGAAGACUUCCAGGAGUCAUAAGUUUACACAAGUCUGCGACUUUUAGAAGUCAUGAAAGAAGUCAUAAAACAUGUUCGGAACAAACUUUAUGACUUCUUUUAUGACUUCUCGUAGUCAUAAGUCUAGAAGACUUCUAGAAAACAUAAAAGUCAUAAAGUCUGUGAAUAACAUGUUUUACGACUUCUAAAAGUCAUAAAAUGUGUUUGUAACAGAUUUUAUGAGUUCGUUGAGAACUUCUAGAAGUCAUAAAACAUGUUAUGAACACAUGAACACAUACACCUUCUUUUAUUUCUAAAAGCCUAGAUGAUUUCUAGAAGUCAUAAAACAUGUUCGGAACAAACUUUAUGACUUCUUUUAUGACUUCUUGUAGUCAUAAGUCUAGAGGACUUCUAGAAAACAUAAAAGAAGUCAUAAAGUGUGUUCUUAACAUGUUUUACGACUUCUAGAAGUCAUAAAAGAAGUCACAAAACAUUUGUAACACAUUUUGAUGACACGUUUUAUGACUUCUAGGAGUCAUAAGUCUUGAAGGCUUCUAGGAGUCAUAAAAUGUGUUCGUAGCAGAUUUUAUGAGUUCUUUUAGAACUUCUAGAAGUCAUAAAACAUGUUACGAACCCGUUUCAUGACUUCUAGGAGUCAAAAAAGAAAUUAUGACUCUAAGAAGUCAUAAAAGACGUAUCCAUAACAUUUUUGUAACACGUUUUAUGACUUCUCUGAGCCAUAAGUCUAGAAGGCUUCUAGAAGUCAUAAAAAAAAACCAUGAAAGCUGCCAGAAAGUGUGUUUGUAACAGGUUUUAGGACUUCAAGAGUUCCUAAAACCUGUUAUGAACACAUUUUAAGACUAUUAGGAGUCAUAAGUCUAGAAAGCUUCUAGAAAUGAUCAAAAGUGUCAUGAAAGAAGUCAUAAAACAUGUUUUCUGACUUCACAAAAGAAGAGGUCAUAAAAGAAGUUCUAAAACAUAUUGGUAACACAUUUUUGUGACACGUCUAAGACUUCUAGGAGUCAUAAGCCUCGAAGGCUUAAAACAUGUUCAUAACAGGCUUUAUGAGUUCUAGAAGUCCUACAACGUUAUACAAACAGGUUCCUUUGUGUCUUCUGUCAGAAAAGAUGGUUUUCUACCAGGUCAGUUUACUUCAGCACCACAUUUUAAAAUAAACAACAACUGUAGAGAAAAUGACAAAAAAAUAAAUAAAGCAAAUGACAAUCUUCAGAAGGUGUAAUUUGCUCACUGUUUGAUUUCUCCGAUCGGGAGAAGAAUCCGUGCGUUUCAGCCAUAAUCAAACCUCCUCCUCCGGUUCUGUCGACGCAUUUCUAUCUGAUUUCUAUUUUUUAGAUUCACAUGACGAUUGCGGUCAAUGUUCUUCUGGUUAUGAUUUUAUAGAUAUAUUUUGUAGUGCGAGUAAAGUGAUCUUUUUUGGAGAAGAUAUUUUGUACAAUAUUCCAACAGCUUCACUCUGUGUUGCCUCUUACUGCACAUUCCAAACAUGGAUGUCAACCAACACUGGACCUGACCGGCAUCACCAAACACCAUCAGCAGGGUUUCCGUCCUACCAGGUGGUCCAAUCAGGAGUUCUAAUCAAACCAGAUGUUUUUCUGAAGACAGGGGAAUCUGAAGCUUCACUUUACCCUGUAAGGUUUCGAAGCAGACGUCGGCUUUAAAGGUUUUGUUUACGCUCCGGCGUGGUUGUAAGAAGGUUCUAAAUCUUCUUCCUGACCUCUAACACUGCAGACAAAGAGCAGACUCUCUGGUAUUUGGACAACAGAGCAGCUCUAACCUUUACGAAAGACACCUGCAGUGAAUUCCUGCAGCUCCAGCAGACGUGAAACCUUAAAGGAUCUGCCUUAUUUUUACUCCGAAUGAUCCGUAGAUCUUUGACCAAAACAAGGUUUCUUUGUUGGAGAUUUAGAGGCGCCAAAAAGUUACGUUUCUGCUUCUCAGUUAUGUUUUAAGGAUGAGAGAAUGUUAUUUUUCGACUUAAAUUUUGUUUUCUGUGACAGUUUUUACUCGUUUCCUGGUUCCGUUUUGGAAAGAUCUCAUAAUUCAGGUGAAAAUAUGAAACUUUUACUCUUUAUUUAAAGCUUCUCCUCAAUUUUCUGGGUUACCAAGGUGACAAAUCUAUCUAAUAUAUGUUUAUUUGGCAGAAAAGGAGCAAUCGCAAAGCUAAAAAUUAAAUAGGAAAGAUGCAUUAAUUAGAAACAAUCUUGCAGAAAAAUAUAUUUCUAUCAGUGCAGAAUGGAGAAUACAGUUUAGUUGAAUAAGAAUGUAAUUUUGUGGAAAAUGGGUGAAGAAAAAGAGAAAUAAAAUCCUGAGGUGUGCAGUGCAGCUGCAGUUGUCAGCUAAUACAUUAGUUUGCAACUAUUUUGGUAAUUGAAGACUUCAUUUUGAGGAAAAAAAAGUAUAAAUUCUGUGCUUGCAGCUACUGAAAUAUUAAUAUUUCCUGGUUUCUUGGCAGAAAAUUGAAUAUCUUUGUACCAAACAAGACAUUUUUCACCAUUUUCUGACUUUUUAUUGUCCAAACAACUAAUUAAUCGACAAUAAAAGUAAACAUAAGUUGUACCGCUAAUGCUAAGCUAAUCGCACAAAUGUGUUACUGUUCUCAGAAAAAAGGAAAUUAACUCAUCAGAGGAUCAUCUUCAGAGUGAGAUUUCAACAUGAAAAUAUUAUUGGAAAAUCAAACGAGAAAAAAUAUCUGAGACUUAAAAUGCUAACUAAAUACAUGAAACGGCACCGCUAAAGCUAACUGAUUAAAAUUACAAAAAAAUUCAAUAAAAGCCAACAACUAAUUGUGGUUUUAUGCAUCAGAGGUUGGUUUUAUACCCCAAACUACACAAACAACUAAAAAAAUUUGCUUAUUAGCGACCUUUAGCACACCAGGUUAGCUUCUCUGUCAGCUAUUAAACUUAAUCCACAAUUAUUUUGGUAAUCAAUGACUGAAUUUUAAGAAAAAAAUUCUAAAUUCUGUGAUUGCAGUGACUUCAAUAUGAAUAUUUUCAGUUGUUUUUUACAGUAAAAUGAAUUUCUUUGGACAUUUUUCACUAUUUUCUGAUGUUUUAUUGUCCAAACAACUAAUUAAUCGACAAUAAAAGUAAACAUAAGUUGCAGCGCUAAUACUAAGCUAAGCAAAUCGCUCAAAGGUGUUACUGUUCAAAUAAGCUCACAUGAGAUGAUCAUCUUCAGAAUUAAAUUUUGGAGCUUUUUCUCAGUUUCAGCUAAAACAAAGAUUUGCAAAAUGGCGUUCAUUUCUUCUUCAGUGGUGCUUCAGAUUCCUCCGUGUCCAGACUUUUGGCGGCGUUUGGUUUUUUCCUCGUUCUGUCUUUACCUGACUUCGUACCCAGACUCUUGAUUGUCUGAUUUCUCUGCCGGGCCUUCGUACCUUCAGUAAAACCAAUGUGAAACCUGUAUUUUCCUCAUGAUUUGACUCAGUGGAAGUGUGAUGUUUACAUGUACAGAUCUUUGCGGUUCUUUCUGGGUUUUUUUCUGUUUCCUCAUCUUAUUUCUCCCUUCCAUCCCUCUUUCUUUUAUUUUUUUUUGUUUUUCAGUUCACCCGACUCCUUCCUUUUACACUCUGAAGGGAAAUGGGAUUAAAUAAAUACGAUUUUUACACACUUAUGGCAGGACGGGGACGCGCUAAAGUUUCUGUUCGUCUUCGAAACGUGCGUUGACGUUUGGUCAACGAAUGCUAACAACGCUAGCAGAUGUUAGCGACUCAGUUUUGUGCAGAACUCGAGGCCGAACCGUCCCCGUCUGAACAGCGACCGUCCGGGAGGGUUGGGAGUCGAGUUGUGUGUUCGUUUGGCCUCCAGAGGGCGCCACCGCCGUCCUCCUCGGCCGACCACAACCUGGUGGAGAUGAUUCCUCAGCGAAUGAUAAGCCAUGACGGACCCGCGGGUCUCUAUUAAUAUAUUUAGCAAAAGUUAAAACUGCAGAAGACAAAACUCAACCUCAGGAAACAAAUUAAAAAAAACAAGAAGGACAUCACUUUUGUAAAAACACUGAAGGCCCAUUUCCCUCUUUCUCUUUGAUACCAUAUAAAUUAUAUCAGAAAUUCUUUUUUAUAUUUAUUGUGUUUAUUAUUAUUAUUCUAUAUACGAGUGGAUCCUUUUUUUCCAGUAACCUGUGGCUGAAUAUUUUGAUUCUUUAGAAAAAUGUUGAUAAUAUAUGUGAAGCAAUGAUUGAGGAUUUUAAAAGAAAGAAGAAGUAUCUAGGGUUAUUUUUUUCCGUUUGUUGGCAUUUGUUUGGCCCAACAAUGAGAACAUAUCACUCUGGUCCAUGACAAAGAAACCAAUGAUUGAAAAACUGAGCUUUCUUUUGUGUGAUGUCACUGCUAAAGGCUGAAAUGUUUCUGGACUGAAAAAAAAUAUUGUGACUAUUUAGUUUUUUUUUGUUUUUAUUUUGUUUGUUUUCAUUUGUUCGUUUGUUUCCUCCCGAGCUGUACGUCACAAAGCUAAAUAUACUAAUAAAACGGUGUGCUAUCUAUCAAA